AUGGAUAUUGAAGGACGACAAUCGAAAUCUAGGUUUACCAACUUCCAGUGCAUAUCCUAUAAUGAAUCAUAUUGUCGAUUUGAAAAGUGCAAGCUUAGUCUGCUGGGCCGAGGACGAGUGGGUGCAUCGUUUUAUUUGAAAAUGUUUGUGUUACCGGCGGAUAAUGCCUGGAUCAACUGGAGCAUUUAUCGUCGAUACAAUGGCUGGCGUCCAUUUCUGUAUAACAUAAGUACCGAUUUCUGUCAUUUGAUGAAAAAUUCAAACAAGCUGUCGUUCGAGGGUCUGGUCAUUAACGCAAUCAUGACGAAAUCAAACCUUAAUCACACCUGUCCCUAUAACCACGACAUAAUAAUGGAUAAUCUGGAGUAUUCAGAUGAUUUCCUAAGGAACCUGCCUCUUCCACAGGGGGACUAUAAAAUCGAAUUGCGGUUUGCAACUGAUAAAGUCUGGAGAGUCCAAGUCACAGUUUUCAUUUUAAAAGCCGAAUAAAAAUAUUUUCCACAUAUUCUUCAUAUAUUUAGCAAUUUUCUCUUUUUUGAUUACAAAGUUUACGUUCAAUACAUUAAAAAUUUCACAAUUUUCAAACGUUUUCCUUGUGCAUUUGAUUUAAAGAUUUGUAAUUAAUUAUUAAUCAAUAGUUUUGUUGCUGCGUUGAAUGAGAUUAUUGUGCCAAGCAAUGUCGAAUACAGUUCCUUAAUGGAAAAACACAUAAAAAUAGUAGUAAACUUUCUUGUCAAGUAACACUUUGAACACAUCAAAAUCUUUUAAAAAAGUUUCUCAGCUUUAUUC